AUGUCCGAGGUGCGGCCGCCCCCGCUGCGGGCGCUGGGCGAUUUCCUGCUGGGCCCCGCGCGCCUGGCGGCCCCGGACCCGCGCGACCCGCAGCGCUGGAGGAACCGGGUCCUCAACAACCUGCUCUACUACCAGAGCAACUACGGGCUGGGGCUGGGGCUGGCGCUGCUGCUGGGGGGGUACUUCUGGCCCCUGCACACCCUGCUCUCCGGCUCCGCCGUGACCCUCGUCUUCGUCGCCUUCGUCUGGGCGGCUGAGAACAAGGCCCCGAUUCGGCGCUUCCGGCGCAGCUACCCCGGCGCCAGCCUCCUGGCCGUGCUGGGGAGCGCCUACGGCCUGGUGUCCCUCUUGGGGGGCUCGGGGGUCUUCCUGCUGACAGUCACCCUGCCCAUCUCCAUGAUUCUCAUCCACGCCUCCUUUCGCCUCCGGAACCUCAAGAAUAAAAUCGAGAACAAGAUCGAGAGCAUUGGGCUGAAGCGGACGCCCAUGGGGCUACUGCUGGAGGCGAUGGGCCAAGAACAAGAAGCUGGCUCUUAGGGAGCGAGACAGGACCGCCCCCCCAGCCGUCCUUCCCACCAGCCCCUCACCAUUGCCUCGGGCCUGCGCUUCGCCACUCUCCUACACGCCCCGCUCGCGCUACCACGAAGAUGCAGCGUCCCCCUGAGUCGAGCCAGGCCUUGAGGUUGGAGUAGGGGAGGGGAUGAGCUAUGGCUAACCUGUGGAACUACCAACCACAUGAUUUGACCCAGAGGCCUGGAGAGCUUAACAGGAGGAGGAUGAGCUGUGGUUAAUCUGUGGAACUACCUUCCACAUGAUUUGGCACAGGGAAGAAUGGCAUGUGGUUAACUUGUGGCACUGCCCCACCACACGAUUUGACCCAGGAGCCAAGUGAGGGGCUGAGAGCUGGGUAAUCAUUUGAACGACCAGGGGCAUGGGGAAUUUAGCAGAGGAGAAUGGGGGGGGGGGGGUUUGGUUAACCUGUGGAACUACCUGCCACAUGAUUUGACCCAGGGACCAACCCCCUAGGUCUGUUUAUGUAGGCCCUAUCUAAGUACCCUGUUUAUAUGGCAACAAAAGAAACAAGGGGCUGUAAUACUGGAGGAUUGGGUCAGUGGGAAGGGCUGUAUUCAAGGGGGACCCCAAGGGUGCACUGAGGAUUCAGUGGGAUGCUGCAUCUGAUGCUGAGUAUUUGUCCACAACUCCUCCUAUUUAUUUGAGGAGCAAAAACAACGUCUAAUAAAACUUCUGUGCCAUU